GUAGGAUCCCAAUAUGGCAGCGGCGGCGGGCGCUGGGGCUGUCGCGGUCGGGGCCGCCCGUGUUUAGGGCCGCCGCCCGCCCCGGCUCCCCCCGCGCCCCCUCCGCCUUCCCCUCCCGGGCGGAAGGAGCCCCCAGGAUACCUCGGAGUGAGCUGCGCCCCGCCGCGUCCGACAUGAGGGAGAAGGGCCGCAGGAAGAAGGGCAGGACCUGGGCAGAGGCCGCCCGGACGGUCCUGGAGAAAUACCCCAAUACACCUAUGAGCCAUAAAGAGAUCCUUCAAGUUAUCCAGAAAGAAGGACUUAAAGAAAUCAGUGGGACUUCUCCUCUUGCAUGCCUGAAUGCUAUGUUACAUACAAACUCCCGAGGGGAAGAGGGCAUUUUCUAUAAGGUCCCGGGGCGCAUGGGAGUGUACACUCUGAAGAAGGAUGUUCCAGACGGGCUGAAGGAGCUCUCUGAUGGCUCAGAGGAGAGCAGCGAUGCCCAGUCCGACUCUCAGAGCUCUGAGAACAGCAGCAGCAGCAGCAGCAGUGACGGGUGCAGUAACAAAGAUGGGAAGAAAAGCAGAUGGAAAAGAAAAGUUUCAUCUAGACUGUCACAGACAUCCUCCCCUCAGUCGGGCUGCCCGUCACCUUCCAUCCAGACGGGGAAAGUCAUCUCCUCAUCCCAGAAGCACAGCAAGAAGGCACUCAAACAGGCCUUGAAACAGCAGCAGCAAAAGCAACAGCAGCAGCAAUGCAGAGCAGGCAUGCCCGUGUCAUCUAAUCAGCAGGUCCUUCUGAAGGCCGUCAAGGCAGCCAGUGACUCCACACCGGCAAAAUCUGCUUGGGAAGGAAAGCAGUCAGAUGGACAGUCAAGCAGCCCUCAGAACUCCACCUCCAGUUCCUCUCCCUCUGUGAAGCUUGAUAACUCCUUGCCAGGGUUGGGGAAGAAACCAUUCCAGAGAUCUGACAGGCUCCAUGCAAGGCAGCUGAAGAGAACAAAAUGUGCUGAAAUUGAUGUGGAAACUCCCGACUCCAUCCUCGUGAACACAAACCUGCGGGCGCUGAUCAACAAGCAUACAUUCUCUGUCCUGCCAACAGAAUGCCAGCAGCGCCUGCUGCUGCUGCUGCCGGAGGUGGACAGGCAGGUUGGGGCGGAUGGUUUGAUGAAGCUGAGUGGCUCCGCGCUCAACAAUGAGUUCUUCACUUCUGCUGCCCAAGGCUGGAAGGAGAGGUUGUCAGAAGGUGAGUUUACACCAGAAAUGCAGCUAAGAAUACGGCAAGAAAUAGAAAAGGAAAAGAAGGUUGAGCUGUGGAAGGAACAUUUUUUUGAGAGCUACUACGGUCAGAGUUCUGGACUAAGUCCUGAAGAGUCCAAGAGACUGACAGCAAACACCAGCCCUGCUGAGCCAGAGACUGAAAAUCCAGCAGCUGAACAGCCAAAAUGCAUGCCAGCCUCUCUGGCACCACUCAAAGAGGAGGUUACUUCUCCAUCAGAGUCUAAAGCACAAGCAGUCCUGGAAGCACCAGCGAUGGAGAAGGGAGGAGAGGAAAGAGGACAGGACGAGCAGCCCAAACCAGCCAAACCUGCAGAGGCCUCAGCUCCCCUGGAUGGGUGCGCAGUGAAACCUAGUGACCACCCUGUCCCUGUAAAAGAGAGAGUCCAAGGAGAAUCCAUUCAAGAGAAACCACAAACUGCCGCGAGUCAAAAGGCAGAAGAAGAGCGAAAGCACACUGCAUCAAAGGAAGUGCGAGUGGGAGAGACUGUCAGUACCUCAGUUUUGGCCCCGAGUAAACCAAAGAGCCCCGAAGCAGGUGAGGUAGAAGCGAAGGUGAAAAGUCCAGUGAUUACUCCAGAAACUCCAGAAAAGAAGUCCCCUGUGAACGAAGAAAUGGAAGUCAGCGUUGAAGCUCACAAGAGGAAGUCAGAGAGUCAUGAAGAAGCUGUAACCACUCCUGAAAAAAAGCCACGCAUCAUGGAGAACUGUCAGCACCACCAGGCGUUUCAGACCCAGCCACAGUCCUUUCCUGCCACGGGGACCCCGGUGCCUCGGGUGCCCCCCCUCAAGAUUCCUGUUUCCAGAAUCUCCCCGAUGCCAUUUCCCGCGGGCCAGGUCUCUCCUAGGGCACGUUUCCCAAUCUCACUUACCAGUCCAGGAAGAACAGGGGCCAGAACCCUGGCAGACAUCAAGGCCAAAGCCCAGCAGGCCAAGGCUCAGAGGGCAGCAGCCGCUGCCGCCGCCGCUGCCGCCGCCUCGGCGGGGGGGGCCGUGCCAGGGCCCGGACCGGGCGGUGGCGGGGGCGGAGGAGGAGAGAAGAGUAACGCAGCCACGAGCGGAACCAGCGAAACUGGAAUUCGAGGAAACGCACUGGAACUGGCAGGAACUGGAAGCGGGGGAAGUUCGAGAAGGUUUCUUCCCCAUAUCCAAAUGGAGACCUGCGCCACGGACCAGGCACCACCUCACAAUCCUUCUAGAGCACAACUACAGCAAACGUCCACACUGCAGUCCGCAGCUCCAGCCGGCAGUACAGGCACCAGCUCCUCCGCAUCAGCAGCACCGGCACUAGAGAAAAUCAACAGACUAAGACGGAGCCCCCCCAGUCUGACUGUAAAUCAGGUUUCAGGCUCCCCACGUGCUGGUAGUGGUGACAAACAAGAGGAAGCACCGUCUGCUGCGGCAGCUCCAAGCCAGGCCUGCGGGGCAUCAGCUGCCAGGGAUGGGACGCUCUGCGUCACUCCCUCCACAGCGGAUACCAACACAAACCGAACCAAGGUAGCGCCUACGGCCUCGGGAGGGACCAGCUCAGACGUUCCUCAAAGCAAAUCUCCGUCCCCUCCGAUGCCUUCACUGACAUCCACGAGCUCGGAAGCCCAGGCUGGAGGUGUGGUCACAUCUGCUCCAUCUGUCCCACCCUCUAACACUUCCUCCAUUGCACCUACCCUUAAAACUCACGCAAGUUCAAGCUCAAGUGGGGCCCUCCCAAAGGCAAGCUCCAGUAUUCCUGCUAACAACCCUUUGGUCACCCAGCUUCUUCAAGGCAAGAAUGUCCCUCUGGAGCAAAUCCUACCGAAGCCUCUCACCAAAGCAGAGAUGAAAACCGUCCCGUUAGCUUGUCAUGAAGAAAAAGGGGCGGCAGCAGCAUCCAGGGCUCCAGGCAUAGCAGGGAACACUGCUGGAGCCGAGGGUGGUGACAGACAAUCGUGUUUGCCCACGCAACAACUUGAGAAGAUCUUUUGCCAGAACAGGUCUCUGCCUCACAUUCCAAGGACCUUUCCGCUCCCCUCAGGAAAGGACCCCAGCCUUGACCAGCACCCGUGCCACGAGGCGCUCAGCAAAACAACGCAGGAGCAGAUCCUUCAGACUCUUAUCAAGAGGGUCCAGAGGCAGAAUUUGUUGCCUGUCCUUCAGCCUUCACAACUGAACCUCACUCACUCAGGUUUCCAGUUAGAAAAUAGCUCCACCAGCCAGAGAUUUACACUGGGUUUCAUGGGCAGAAGGACAUCCAAGCCUGCAAUGUCUGGUCAUUAUCUGCUCAACAUUUCCACCUAUGGUCGUGGUUCAGAGAGUCUGAGGAGAGGCUUCUCCUUGAACCCUGAAAACCGCUUGUGUCCAAACAGUCCUGCUGAUGCUCCAAAAACAGAAUUUGGGGAGUGUGAGGAGACAGCUGGCCACGGCAGCAGCAGCGAUGAAGGAGAUGCAGAUGAUGAGAGCACUGGUGAUGAACGUGAACGUAGCAGUGUAAAAGAGGAGCCCCAGGCUGCCCUGGCUUCUGCUCAGUGUGAAAAAGAGCAGGUAUCACAUAGCAUAAAUUCUUCAGAUUACAGCACCCCUGCUAAAAAGGGUGUAAAGACAGAAGCAGCCGUGUCUCAGCAAGCGGCACUCUACAAGGAGAGCAUUCAGGCAUUCGAUGGAACUACGUUAGCACGAGAUUUUAUUCAAGCCGCUCAAGAGCAAAUGGCACAUGCAAUGAGGGGGAAAACGCACAGCAGCCCGGAGCUUUUCAGUGCUUCUGCACCGUCCGCAGACUCCGCACAGCAGCAGCCUCCGCUGCUCUCUCCUUCGCACCCUCCAAAGCUCUCUGGAAACGCUGCCGCACCACUCAUUGGGCCCAGCUACAGCGGCACGAUAAAUGUCUCCACCUCGCCAGACGUGAACCAAGGGUCCCUUAUGACCGGGCUGUCGGAAUGCAAUCAGCUGUCCAGCAGUAUGGGGAACGUCAUGUCCUUUUCCGUGACUGUAACCACCAUUCCCACCGGCCAGGCUAUGAACUCUGGCAGCCACAGUCAGACCAUCCCCGUUCAGGCCUUUGCUGAAGACAACGGCAUGGAGGAUUCCCCUUCCAAAUGUUACUGCAGGUUGAAAGCCAUGAUCAUGUGCAAGGGCUGCGGCGCCUUCUGCCAUGAUGAUUGCAUUGGCCCCUCUAAGCUCUGUGUCUCCUGCCUCGUCGUGCGGUAACCGGGACAGGAAGUGGGGAAGAGGAUGGCUUGGUUUUGGUUUUGCUUUCGGAAGUACGUUGGGAAGAAACAGGAAGUUUACUGCCUUGCACAAGAGACACGUUACUGAAUCAGGAAUACAGAGUAGAGUUCUUCUUUCAUUAAAGAAAGAGCACCUUCUUGUACAGUGAGUCUAAAUUGAGCUCAACUACGUGAAUUGUGACAAGAGUUUGCACUUAAGGAAUUAUGUAAAUAUGUCACAUUAUUUUGUUUAAAAAUAUUUUUUCAAUCUUGUAGGAGAUAGUGUUUGACUUGUACUGCAGUUUCAUUAACCCCAGCCUGCUAUCCAGCAUGUUUGCUGAGCUCUGCUCUAGAUGGGGGAACGAGCCCCCGGCAAAACCUUAGCCUGUUGUUGGUCUUCUCUGGCCAGAGAGAAGAACUGGAUAAUCAAGAAACUAAGCGUUUGUACCCACCGGUCACAGGGCACCGAAGCGGGAACCCCUGCACGGGCUCGCUUCGUUGCUCUAAAUUUAGUUCAAGUGUUUCAGAAUUGGAAGGGACUGGCGUUGUGGCGGCCUUUCAAGUCAUUGCCUUUCCUUUGUGACCGGGCUGUUCCCAGAAGGCGUACUGGGUUGUGCAAUAUUGGCUAGAGGUUUUGAUUUGCAUAUCCUCUCCUCUUCAAGGAGUCAGUUGCAGUAACCUUGUUUUAAGGAAGGUAGUGUCUUGAUUUGCUACUGGUAAAUACUGAAAAAGGCAACUGUACUAACCAUAGGAUUCAAGAAUUUAAAUCACUAAAACAACUCAGUAACCGUGAUUAUCAGUGAUCCCAGGAACCAUUUAUAGCAGAGAUCACAAAUCUGUGCUGAACUGCAUUUCAUUUCCGGACUGUCGGGACUCGGCAGAAAUCUGCUUUCUGAGGCGUUUGGAGUGAGCUGGGAGGUGCCAUCCCGCGGUCAAGGCCCAUCAGCUGUUACACCCUCGCCCUCGGUCCUGCUCUUCUCCCGGGAGCUUCCCGUGCUCAUCCAAACCUCCCCCACAGUCAGACGUCUCCAAUUUCUAGAGAAGAUUUUAUAUUUAGCUCAGUGUAGGGGAAGGAGAACAAGUCUCUUGCUGGGCCUCGCCGUGAGCCCGCAGUGGGUGUCUCUGUGUUCUAAAAUACCAAAUCAGGCUUGACUCAGCUUGGAUGUUGCUCAGUGAUGUCUGGAGUUGCGUUGGGGCUGGGAAGGGGCUGCACCGCACCCCUUGUACCUGGCUGUGGGACACCACAGCUAGCGAUGCUCAUCUUCACUUCCGGUGUUCACGAAUCCAUUUGCUUUGAUUAAUCGAAAUUAAAGCAGUUACAAAAUGGUACUCUCUUCUCAACAAGAAUUGAUGACAGGCUGGCUAACGAAGCACAGGCCAAUCUGCAUUUUUAUGUAUUGCAACGUGUCCGCAUCACAUCGAGGGUCUGUAUGUUACUUCUCUUCCGAAACAAAGAACAUCGGGUUCACUAAUCACGUCCAGUCCCAUGUUGUCGCGCUUUGGGCGGGUGGGGGGCCAUACUGCAUCUUGGUCAGGUAACAGAUCUAUGUAUCUUUUUGAUGGAAAAGCACUGAAUUCACUUUUAAUCCAAAGGCCUUUUUAAGACGAAGCAAUAUUAACAAAGUAGGUGGGACAGCUGUCUUGUGAGCUGGGGUCCUCAGCCUUUCUUCUUCCCGUUCGGCUAUACUACUGCGUUCCCCUCUCCCGGGAACCUGCCUGCUCUUGGUAGAGAUCAGAAGUAGUUGCCUGUGAAGCAGCGUGUUUUUCCGAGGAGCGGGUGGUGAUUUAUUUGAUAACAAUAAAGAAAAGAGCUGCAGGCUUAACUGCGUCGUAACAGGAGCGUUUCCUUCCCUGCCCAGCAGAGCACGGCCUCCUCCCGAGCAGGAUUGGAGGUGUGAGUUAGCAGGAGCUGCAGCAUGUCUUGGUCUCUGUUUUGCUCAUCUUAAGUGUACUGGGGAGCAGUGACUCCUGCUUUCUAAUUACGCAUCACUGCUCAGACAUCCAGUGAGGAAGAGGAUUUAAGUAUUAGAAAUAAAGUCCAGUUUUUUAAUCUAAACCUGAAAUCUCAGAAAAACCUCCAACCCCACACAAAAAUUACUCCCAUUUUUUGUCGUGCUGCACACAUGGUGGUUGUGGCCUAAGCAGCAAACAGGGGUUGGCUUCUCCUGUUGCAACCCCAGACACCGUAACGGGGAUAACCUCGAUUCCUGGGUCGAGUUGUACCUCGGCUCCGAUUUGCACAGCGGCCCAUCGCUGCCUGCUCCCAUCUCGUGUUCUGCAAGGGGAAUUUCUGCCGCUGUUUUAAAUCUCGAGGCGCAGUGUAAAGUGGUUUCAAGCUGCGUGCCCCCGGGGCAUCUGGUACCAAGAGCAGGGGCUGUCUGUCCCAUAACAGCUCGGCCAUGUCUAGACGUGACAGGAGUUGCAGCAGUGUAAUCCUCAGUCAGACACGUUCAUUCCUGCCUAAGACAGACCUCCCAGUAUAAUCCAAUUUAAAGACUGUUGCUAGUUACAGACUAAACUGAAAAAGUCAUUCUUGCCUCAAAUAAGAGCAAAGAGGUUUUGCUGGCAUAAUUGGAUCACUUCUGUUCACACCUUGACUUUGACGGGUGUGAUGUUUCCAGGCUGACAAGGCUGCUUAAGACAGGGCAGGAGACGAUGAUGAGGGAGCAGCAGGCUGUGAUCUGCCGGCUUGCUCUUCGCACUCUCGGCCUUCAACCCGCUGCAGCUGCCGCUUGGAAAGGCUGGUCCGUUGCUCCCCCCGCCCCGGCGCUUUCUGAAUCAGCCACCGGCCCGCCUGCGGCUCCAGCUCGUUCCUCCCUUUAAACUUUACACACAUCCCCUGUAGUGCGUGGGUUCGGUGUUCUACACCACAGGCGCCUCUUGCGAGUCUGCUCUGGAAACGCAGGAGGGUGCUGAGCUGCUGCUGGGCCGGGCUGUGCGGGGACCUCCGGGGUCUCGGUGGCUCCAGGCUCGUGUGGGACAGUGCAGGCAUCUUGCGUGAUGGCUUGGAAGUUUACAACUCUGUUCAGUGCCUUAGGUAUAUUUUAAUGGAUCAGCACUUUUCUUGGGCUACUUUUAUUUUAUUUCUUUUUAAGAAAAUAAAUUUUUAACUGCAUGACUUUGAUUUUAAUGUGGCAUGAGCUACUAGGCACAACUUGAUGGAACGAUCUCCACAGGUGUGCAAGAGGGCAUUAAGUAGUUGGGAAGUCAUUAGAAACAACGGGGCUCAGUGUAGUAAUCCCUGUGAGUGCAGGCCAACAUAAAGCCUUGGAAGCUGGGCAUGUUCCACAGGGCUGGUUACUGAACGAAGUGUUUUGGAAGGGGGAAAGCCCGCAGCCCAGGUGGGGGUGUUCCCUGCACCCUGCUGCCGCCUUCCUGCUGAGGCUCCACUCGUCCCAUCGCCUGCCUUUCCCGCAAGAUACUAAACCUGCCUUCACGCUGGAUUUAUGAAGUAAAGGGAUGUUGUGGCGUACUUUAAAGCAUUAGGCUUUGGUUCCCCAGGUACUAAAUUCAUAGCACAAUAGUAAAUGCUGUCAUAAAAAAAUCUGAGAUAAAAUGUUUUCAAAGCGCAAUGUCAAACUUUGUUUGUGGCAGUAAAAGCAACUUGAGUAAGGAAAGAUCCUCGGAUUUAAAGUUUCCCUUUGGGCCACGUCCAAGUCCUGCAGCCCGAGAACCAGACGUGCAGACUGAUCGGUGGAGUUCCACUUUCCGAUGCACAAACCUGCGUACAGGUCGUGGCAGCGGAGGAGCGCACACAACUCUAUAACCGAGUUCAGGUUUUGAGACAGAUCGGGAGCACAGGGAAGGAAGCCUGUGUGAAAUUUUAAUGUCCCUUUUUAAAUCAAAAGGAAAGACCAAGAUGCUUCACAGUUAGGCUGGUCCGCGGAGUUGUAUCUUUUUCGUGGUAGUAAGAAAUAGCUGAUGGGGCAGCAAGCUCCUGGCCAAGUCCUGAACAGCCAGGUCGUCUCCUCGGGACGCAGCCGCUUCCGAGGGGUGUCAUUCACGCUGCCAGCGAGGCGGCAAAGCCGCUCCAGGGCCGGUUCCUGCCUGGCCUGCAGGCAGCGGGGGGGCUGGCAGCGGGGCUCGGGCGUCUCCCCCAGGGAGGUGCAGCCGGACAGUCCGUUGAAAGCCCCGGAGGGUGGGUGAGCACCAGCCCUGCCCAGGUGUCCUCCCACCCUCUCCGUGCCCCAGCCGUGGCAGAGGUGCCAGGCGGCAGAAGCGUGUGGGCCUGGAGGCAGAGCCCCGCUGCUCUGCUCUGGUGCCCCGCUGUGCUCGUGUCACCUGAACGCACGGCGGCCUGGAAAAAACAAACGGGCUGGGGCUUCACCACUGCAGCGUCUCACCGGGACGCUUGAAGCCCCGGGGAAACUUUUGUUUUUCCUGGGAGCUUAGCUUGGGCUCAGCUGUUUGAAAGCCACCCCGGCCGCUGGGUCUUGGCCGUUAGCGGAGGAGGGUGCUCGGCUCUCCCCAGCCAGGGCGGACGGGGCCGGCGCUGGUUCGAACUUCCAAAAUCCCACGUCUGACAACGCGGGUGGCUGCGGCAGCGGUAGGAGGGAAAGGCAGGCACGUGCGCAGCGCCUCCUGCGAUGAGCGUGGAUUCACUGCUGUGCUGGGGGAGAAGCCCCUUCCCCGGCCGUUGCCGCUUCCGGCACCGUGCAGCGUGGAGGAGCGCCCUGAGCCGCGCCGCUGUGCGCCCUGCGGCCUCGGGUCCCUGCCACCCGUGUCCUGCAGGGAGAACUGCUGCAGCGUUUGCCAGGAGGAGGGUAUCCAGAAUUUUCUUUGUUACCUAGGUUGUUUUUUUUAAUGCUAUACAUUUGAUAUGACUGAAGAUCAAUUUUAAGAGCUUACAGUAAUAUAUUUUAAGUAAUAUAUAUUUUAGUAUCUGUAAAAAAAAAAUUGACAAAGGAUGAUUUAUGAACUAGAUAAACAGGGUGUCGGGAGUAUGCAGUUUCUCAGCAAGGCCAAGAAUAGUUUUACUAGCAGGAGAACUGAAAAGAUUCAGUUUUUUCCAUUAACGCAAUAAAAAUGGGAAUUCUUAAAAAGAAGAAAUCCAAUACUGUUUACCACGUGCUUUUCUUGUUUUGACAACAGCCCUGUAAACACAGUUUAGAAGAUGCGAAACCUUUGUCUGUCUUUUGCCUUUUUAAAAGGGACUUAAAUUGGAAUAGAGGGUAUGUACAGAAAAUCAAGUUGACACCAUUUUAAAAUGUAUUUUUACACAAAUAAUAUAGAAAAAUCAUAUUUUACAUAAGAAUUUUAAGUAUUUGAAAUAUGUAUAUAUAUACUGUAUGUACUUCAUAUAUUCUUUAUUUUACAUUUUCAAUGUAUUAAAAAGUAUUUGAGCUGGUUGGAUUUGAGCAUGUACUAAUGUUUAAAAAAAAAGGAAAAGAAGAAGGGAGGGAGAGAGGACGCGGGGACUGCACCACUGCAGUAGCUGCUCUCAGCAACUACGGGGUAGCAGAGGAACCAGACGUUCAGGAGCACAUGGAUUUUGGAAGAGCAUAGCAGUUUUAGAUAGCGCAUACAGAACAGUUUUCAGUCCUGUGUCCUGUCUGUGUUUCCGUUAAUAUUCGUUCAUUUUGCCUCAUAACCACCCAGAAUAAUCUAUGGUGAGAAGACAAGAAGUUGAGGUGGAUCUUUUAUACAAGCAAUGCUGCCUUUAGAGCCAAAGAGACGUACUGGUACAGAAGCUACUCAACCAAAACUAAAUCAGAAGCGACUCGGUUUUGCUGUGCCACUGAAAUUUCAGUAAGGAGCUUGAUUUCUUGUGUGAGCGUCUUAGGGUGCUUUUGGGGAAUUCAAACGACAUACCAAAAGUCUGAUGAUUUCAAGGAAACGCUAUCAAAGCAGGUUUUUUUUUUUUUUUUGCUUUUGGUGGAAAUCUCGCUGUAGAGGAUGAUUCAUCUUUGCAGCUAUUAGCAGCAGAGUGAAUUCUCAUCAGGAAUGGGAUCCUAGCGAUGCUCCUCUUGAGCGCACACACUGCCCAGAGCAGCAGCAGAGCGGGUCAGACAGCACAGGGGUGCAGAUCGGGAGGCGACGGGUGUUUUCAGGAUUAAGCUGAGGUACACAGCGCCGUGUAUCAGUUUCCCUUGCCUCCUCGUACUGCUCCACGGAACUGUUUACUAGAGUGAACAGCAAGUGCUGCUGGUUCAUGUAUACCUGUGGCUGAAAGGCUGGGAGAUCUGCAGCCCUUGUAAUUGCUGGCCCCAGUUCUACGUGUAGAGAGCGAGAAAAUACAGAUCUUUACUGAGAGAAAGGUGGAGGUGGCUCCACAACACAGGAGGCGCAGUGCACUUGCCUCAUCCCCUCUUCUACGAUGCCCGUUUUGGCUGAGAUGAAUCUCAGAUUACUUUUACACUAUUCCAGGAAUAUUGCAGGAAUCCUGUGUAUAAAUUGGAGGUGCUUACAGCAAUUCUCUGUCGCUGGGACUUGCAGGGAAGGAAACUGAGUGUGGGAAAAGCAGCAGCAUUAAUGACUCGAGGUCUAAAAGUACAAAUCCGAAACCUGAAGAGGCAGGCCGCUGAUACUUUUAUACUGCUACAAUUAGUAUUGGAAUUUCUUGAAUAAAACCAAAACAUGGCACCCAAUACUUUCUCCAAAUUUGCUAUUGACACAUUGAGGGGGGCUUUCACUUAUAAACGGUUGCACUGUAAGAAAGUCCCGCUGUUUGGGUGUGUAUAUACAGAGUCCGUAUGGGGGCCUGCGCAGGUGUGUGCACACAGCUCUGUUUUAGCUAAGUGUACGUAGUAAGACCAGCUUCAUCUCAGUCUUCUGGUGACAUUACACCUUGCAAAGUUACCACAAACCUGAAAUGGAAUUACAGCUUUUAUAUUUGUUUUCAUAUUUAAGAUAUAUGGGUUAGACAAAAUAUACAAUAGCAAUGUGUUUUGAUCUGCUGCACUUUUUAAAAAAACAUUCCUUAUUCCCCUGGAACUGCUGCAUCUCCCAUUCCUUCCUCUCCCAAUUUAAAAAUUAAAACCAACCGGCCUCUUGUACCUUUCAGUUAAGACUUCUCAGAUGCUGCAUUAGAGGUUUUACAUUGAAAAGCUGGGCCAAGAGUUGAACUUUUGGAGGCCAGGCCUGCAGGUCCUCACGGCCAGUGCCAGGAGAGCGAACCAGCAGGCAACGCAGGCGUGGAAAUGAAUGCGACGCAGCUCCUGCAGCUUCCAACGAGGCUGCUUCCAACUGACGCAGGUUUAACCGUGCUGUCUGUGCAGACGCUCUUAGCCCUCCUGUAGCUGAGACGGGACAGGCGUCGCCUUGAACCUCAGGGCCAGAGGUUUCAGGAACAGUUUGUUAUCUGGUGUCUGGAGGUGUAAAGGACAGACCCGCAAGCAGCCGACUCGGCAGGAUUUACAGCGCCUUCCGUUGCUGUAAAUCUGUGCGAUUGUAAGCCCAUACUUUAUCAGUCCGUUUGCAAAGUCAAAGCUAAAUAAGAACCGUGGCGAGGUUUGUAUGGAAAAGAAGCGAUCGUAGCUCAGCGAGGUACUUCCAGGCACGUGAAAGCAGCAGAGGCCGGUCCCAGCCAAGGAGCAAUCCGUCAGGGACAAGCGGUCCGUCGUGCUGCCGCUAUGCAUUUUGGCAAAGGUGGUUUUGCCAACGUGUUUUUCACUCAUUUUGCUGUAUAAGAUUCCACCUUAGCUUCUCACCAGCACUAGGAGGGAUCUGAGGAGCGCUAAAACCAGCCUAUUUCUAACCUGUCACUUGAAGAUCUGUGUGCCCUUAGGAGAUAGCACUUUGACAAGCAAAAGCCUGCCCUGUGGCUUAUGUCUUACUGCGGAUUCUGUUCCUCUUCCUCUCACUUAUUUUUGUCAUGUAAAACUACCUGCUUUAUAAAUGAAUGUAAAAUACAGUAGUUCUUCAGCACAUGGACAAAUGUGUAUUUUAUCUUAAUGUUUCAUUUUAUGUUAAAUAAAAGGCAUAUGAUUUUAUGGUCAUUAGUACUGCUGAUGUUGAUUUUUCAAUCAUCACCUUUUGUCUUUCAAGGGACCCUGCUAAAUGAUGGUGAACUGCACUUUUCUGGCUUCAUAAGCUGUGGACAUCCGUAAAAUUUUUUCAACGCAUUUCAAGGGGAAAACUUUGGUUUAAUACUAAGCCUUAAUAAACACUCUGCAGUUCCCUCAAGCCUCGCUUCUUGGGGUCCUGAAACACUUCAGGGGAACUGAACUGUAGAUUUGGGAACAAGAAAGAAAGAAACAAGAAACCCGUAUCAAGUGAUUGCAACUCGAUUUCUCUUAAAUGGAGGGAUUCAGAGAAAUAGAUCUGUAAUCAACUUGAUUUCUGACAGGUAAACUUUGACCACAUGUAACAAGUAAAAUCAGCGGGACUGAGGCCCCUGGGAAUGUGUAAGGAAGCCUGGGAUUUCUUUUCCCUGAAUAUAUUCGAAGUAUCAACAAUCUCCAUCUCAAGUAUGGAAAGGUGCUGUGAAGGAGCUGGGAACCAACCAGCAUGAACAACCACAUCGAGAGUGUAAAGAGUGGCCAUAAACGGAGAAGGAAAGAUCUGUAAAGAAAUUGGUGUCUUGCAGAGCAAAGGGGGGAUGCAAGAAGUCCAGCUGAGUUUGAGUUUGCAACUAUUAGCAAAACACACACACACACACACACACACACACACACACCCCCAUUCCACCACCUCAUGUGGUGAAAAACCAUAAAAAGAGGAAAAGAAGAAGAGUGAUUAAAGAUUGUCUGCAGGCAUGGCCCAAACCGAAAGCAUCCUUUGUGCUGGCUCGGGAUGUUGUUAUACACGCCACUGCAGCCGGACGGCAGGUUUUCGAAAGAGCUGACAGAAGAGCUGUAGUUCAGGUAAUGCUUUAUUUGUUUAGCGAGAGAACUGUGGUGACCUGUGCAGCACAGGUCUGUCCGUAUUUAAGCAUACGGGAAAAUGACAUCGCUCGUGGGCGAGGCUCUGGGAUUUUGAUGUAAAUAACUGAAGACGUGCUGAUAAACGGGAUGGAAAGCGACACAAUCUCGCCAAAGGCGUGUGCAGAUAAUUCGGUGUGUUGUGUUGAUAACUUGUUUUCUGAUCAGAUAAAAUGAGGUGUAUCUUCAGUACUAAAAAGGAGAAAAGAAACUGAUAAGUGGGAAAUGGGUAAUAAAACUUGAGGAGAUGAAGAUGAAGAAGAUAUAAAGUAAAAACUGGUUCAAAGGGACUUACCACAGCACUAGAAAUGGGAGCUCAGUUUGGAUGGAGAAUUCUACCGAAAUGUCUCAGGGAUCAGUCUGGACAUGAAUCUUUCCAAGAUUUUCAUCAGUGCUGCUUGCACCAAAAGCCACGAGUAUCCCCACAACAUUAACUGAUGACACAAACUGGGGAUAAAUCCGCAUACAGACGAAACUGGGAAACCGUAGCUCAAGAAAGCUGUGGAGUGAAUUCAGCCGUACACACCGGUGUCACGAGGUAUUUAGGGACAAACAACACCCGCUUCUGCUCUAGGAGCGGGUGUACAGUAACGGGAGGGAGGAUGAGGAGACCCUCAAUAUAUUCAUUACUCAUACCCCAUGACUGUAAGCUGUCGGUGUGAUUUAGCCACGGGAAGGAAAAGCAACUCUGAACGUCAGGUCUGGGUGUUGUCCCAAAAGCGGGAUCGUUUCCCCGGUGUGCAGCACGCCAACACGCGCAGAGCAGAGGUAUUUUACUGAUUUCAUGUCUGCACAGAGAUGGGUGCUGGGUGGUGACUCCACCAGGCUAGCACCCUGCACACAGAAUCUACCACAUAUUGAUCUUCUUACGGGAUUAGAAAAACCCGCCUAAAUUUACGCUAAUUGGUUAGUAAUUACUGCAUCAUCUACUAUUGGUCAAGCACAUUUAAAUUAGCACACACGCU